AUGGCUAGCUUCAUGAGUUACAAUCAAAACCGACAAAUGCUGUCUCUAAGCAUAACAGUAGCGAUAAUGUUUCUUGGUGUGAGAUCAGAAUUGAAUCAGGACAUAAAAGGAUGUCAGGAUUCCAUGUCUGAUCUCUACUCUUGUCUUCCUUUUGUCACUAACAAAGCUAAAACUCCAGACUCAACAUGUUGCAACACACUCAAGGAAAAAUUAGACAAAGGGCAAACCAAGAGAUGUCUAUGUGUUCUUGUCAAAGACAGGGAUGAUCCUGGUUUAGGGUUCAAAGUUGAUGCCAAUCGUGCAAUGAGCCUCCCUUCCAUUUGUCAUGUCCCUGCAAAUAUCUCACAAUGCCCAGAGCUUCUACAUUUGCCUCCAGAUUCAGUAGCCGCUAAGAUUUUUAAGCAAUUCACUGAAUCCUCUCAGAAUGUUGGAAGUCCAGCGGUUUCCACGGGUUCAGGCGUCAAAGGAAGAGAUAAGAAGCAAUUUGGUUUAGUGAUGGCUGGAGCUCUCUCAGUAUGGUACUUAGUGUCAUCCUUUGUUAUGUAA